AUGGGUCAUGUAUUGCUCAGCAUGCUGGAGGAUGAAAGUAUCAAGUUAUGUGCAACAGAGGAGUCUCAUGCAAUAUUGAAUCCAGCUCAUUUUAGAGAUGCAUAUGAUAGAGCAUAUGAGAAUUUCAUAUCCUCAAUGCCUAGUCAAGACUUAUGGGUAAAAACACGCAAUCCAACCAUCAAACUUCUUGUGUACCACAAACAAGCUAGAAGGCCAAAGAAAUCUAGGAUGAGAGGGAUAUAUGAGAUUCCAAAAGAAUAUGUGGCCAAGAAGGGCAUAAUGCAACUAAUUGUGGUUGAAAUGAUAGAGAAAGGUAAACUAGCAAUUCACAAAGGCCAAGGCAAGCUGGAAAGAGGCGAGGUAGAAGGCCAAGGGAAGCUGUAA